AAACAUCUGUUCUUAUUUGGCUUUGAUAUUUCAGAAAUACAUAAAUCUUAUCCGAUAUAUUAAGCCUUGAGAAAAAAUUUACUUAAAUUAUUCAGUGAAAUGAUGAAUAUAGUAGAGGACUCAGUUACUGGAACAAAAGAAAAUUUAACAAAUGAGCGUUGGAAGCUCUGGUGUCGCCUCUGUGCUAAGCAGGAUGCUGAUAAUAUAAAUAUAUUUUUCAAGGAUGAACAUAUGGUUGGAGCUAAUAAAAUUAUGAAGGAAGAUGAACAAUGUCUGGAUAUAGCGAUAUCAAAAUACUUUUAUGUGCAAAUAGUGCAAGAUGCCGAAUUACCCGAACGUAUAUGUACGGAUUGUUUUUCUUUGGUGACUUCCAUGGUUAAUUUUAAUGAGCAUGUAGCAAAAGUGCAGCAAAUGUUUACCGCUCUGAAAUGUAUGUCCAAAUUAGAAGAGACUGAUUACCAAACUUUGCGGCUAAGAUACGGUGUUUUCGCUGAAGAAGGGCCACAUGAAUUUAUUUUCCGUCCUUUGAAAGAUAUAUUUUUAAAUGAAGAGAAACCAAAUACAAACGAUUGUGAAGAAAAGUGCUACGUCGAAGAGGCAGUUGUAAAUAUUCUACCAAAAGCUAGUUACAGUGUAAUCGAUGUAAAAGAGGAAAAUUCAGUCGAUCUUGCAACACCCAUAGAUGAAGAUGCCUAUGAAUUUGAUAGUAGAGAAGUUGGGGGUGAAGACCCAUUUGGCAGUGAUAAUGAAAAGCACAUAGAUUAUAGUAAUGGUGGUGAGAACAUACUGAAUUCUUUUGAAAGCCGUAAAACGAAUAGCAAUGAGCAAAAUAAAAAGACAAUUGAUAAAAGCGGUGCAGAUAGUAGCGAAAUGUAUACUUGCAGUGAAUGUAAGCAAACUUUUAAGAGGAUUUCAUGUUAUCGUACACAUAUGGAACGCAAGCACGACCAAUUUAUCGCCGUACCUAAAUUCAUUUGUUCUGAAUGUUCGUUUUCUUGUAAUACGCAGUUGCAACUAAAUCAGCAUGCUGUAAAACACUUGCCCCUAACAAAACGACGUGUUGUACCAUGUCCACACUGUGAACAAAAAUUUCCCACUAAAUCUUAUGUCGCACAACACAUUAAGUAUGUUCAUAUGAAUGAGCGAUCCUUCAUUUGUGAAGAAUGUGGAGAAGCCGUGCGUUCAAAGUCACAACUAAAGGAACACAUGCUGACACACACGGACUAUGCGCCCUUUGAAUGUGAAGUGUGUAAGAAGGGUUUUAAGAAUCAAGUACGCCUGAAGAAUCAUAUGGAAACUCAUAAUCCAAACAAACACAUUUGUGCGGAAUGUGGUUUGCAACUAAAUUCGAGAGCCACAUUAAAUCGUCAUUUAUUGGUGCAUUCCGAUGUCAUGCAACAUAAAUGUGAUUUUUGUGGUCGAGCUUUUAAGCGUGCGAAAGCGCUUAAAAAUCAUCUUAUUCUGCAUACUGGGCUGAAACCCUACUCGUGUGACUUCUGUGAUAGAACAUUUGCUAAUGGCUCGAAUUGCCGUACGCAUAAGAGAAAAGCACAUCCAGAGGCGUUAGCUGCAUUAGAGGCUUCGGGGGAAAAAACGUAUACAAAAAAUAUACCAAAGUUGGCUGUACUAAAAUCGGUCACGCGUGCAGCUGAAAAUCUGGCACCAGUGGUCUCCAAGCAAAGUGGUAAUUUUGCUUUUGGUAAAAAACCUAAACUAUCACCCGAUAGCCUUGGUACUGUAAGCAAAAAGCAAGCUAAAAUUUAUAAAGAGUCACUAUCUUCGUUGCCAAUAGUAAAUGAGCCAAACGGAGCUAGUAAUGAUAUAGUUUGCCAACCCUUACUUUCUGACUCACAAAAGCACAGUCAGUGCACUAAUUCAGAUAGUAAUACUGAGAGUAGGAGUAUACCAACUAUAGAUAAUAUAUAUAACCAUCUAGUAAAACAAACAGCUACCAACAAUCAAUAUAAUAUUAGCACGGAAAAUGGAAUAAGUUCUCUCCCUUUGGAUAUUAAACGAGCUGGUCGCGAGGAAUUAUCACCAAGUAUUGCAAAACAACGAAAUCAGUUUUCAGCUCAAUUAUUAUCACCGUCCCAACAUUCUGUUAUACCGAAUGAUGUACCUAGCUUUUGUACACAAUUUAUAAAACAAACUGAAAAUCCUCAACAGCACCUACAACCGUCUGCAUUACAUCAAGUACAUGACAAAGAAGCCUCAACAAAUAGCCCAGAGAACCAUGUUUCGCAUCUAACAGAGGAUCAAUCGUCGAGCACAGCGGACUCAAAUCACUUUUAUAAUCAAAUGAGACGACAUACACCGAAUACCUACCUGUAAAUGUGAAUACAAGAGAGGAGAAUUUAAUAUUCUAUGAGGGGUACAAGUUGGUUUACCUAAUAAAACUAAACUUAUAAUACUUUUUAAAUUUUUUUUGUGCAUCUUAAAGUCGUCCUCAGCAAACAUCAACAGGUAUACAGAGUGAAUGCAAUACACAACUUGCAAAAAUUUCGAAACUUUUCUAAUUAAUGUACACAUAACCUGAAGUCAUGUGAAUGUGUUUAAAAGAUUAUUAGGUAAAUUUUUAGUAAUACUUAAUUGGUUUGAUUCCAUGGGGACGCAUAUUAGUUUUGCCAAUCAAAAUUUAACUUUUCUUCAGUUUUUUAUUUUUUCUUUUUUUGUAUUUGUUUUUUAUUUUUUUAUG